GGCGGAGGUGUCCUCGGCUGUGAAGCCUGUCUCUCCGUUAGACCUGCGUACAGAGGCCCGGAUGCCGAGUCUGGGUUCAGACCCCAGCGUGUGGGAGCAGCAACUGCAGGAGGAACUGCUCCUCAUUCAGAAACAGCAGCAGAUCCAGAAACAGCGUCUGAUCAGCCAGUUCCAGGAAAGGCACCAGAACCUUAUCCGACAGCAUCAGGCCCAGUUACAGGAACACCAGAGGCUCCAGCAGGAGGUGCAGGCCAUGAAGCAGCAGCAGGAGCAGAUGGAGAGAGAGAGAAGGUUGGAGGAGCAGAGUCGGGAGCAAGAACUGGAAAAGCAUCACCGUGAGCAACCCGUCUUACUCCUCAAGGGCAAGGAGCGAUCCCGAGAGAGUGCAGUGGUCAGCACAGAAGUCAAACAAAAACUGCAGGAGUUCCUGUUGAGUAAAUCCACCAAGGACUCCUCCCCCAGUGGGGUCCCUCACACUCUCACACACCAACCCAAACUGUGGUGCACAACGUCUUACCAUGUGUCUCUGGAUCGGGGCUUCUUGCCACUGGCGGGCAUGUCCCCCUCCCACAUUCAGCCCAUGCCCCCCACCCCAGAGAGCAGGGAUGACUUCCCUUUGAGAAAGACAGCAUCGGAGCCCAACCUGAAGGUUCGUUCCCGGUUGAAGCAGAAGGUGGCGGAGAGGCGAAGCAGUCCACUGCUGAAGAGGAGAGAGGGAAAUGUCAUGACACCCUUUAAAAAGAGAGCUCUGGAACUGUUUGAGUUCACAGUCAGUAGCAGUGUGCCUGGGUCUAGUCCCAGUUCUCCCAGUGGGGCCUGCGGUGCCCUGGGAACUGAAAACGGCCCUUCCUCUCUUCCUACAACUACACACAGAGAGGUGAGGUCGCUGGGGCCAGAGGGGUCCGUGUCCAUACUGAGUCUCCACACGUCUCCUUCUCUGCCCAACAUCACUCUGGGUCUGACUGCCGCCCCAUCGCCUGUCAGCGUGCCCCAGGGCAUGCAGCAUGAGUCCAGUGAAGAUGGUGCCCAACCUGACGUGCCCACACAGCUCCUGGGUUCUGCUGGCCUCCCUAUCCCCAUGGAGACCAAAGUGAGCAACAGUCAUCAGGCUCUCCUGCAGCACCUCCUUCAGAAAGAGCAACUCCGCCAACAGAACAUCCUCUCUAACGGCCAAGGGUCUCUCCACCCCCCCUCCCCCCUCGCUCUCAGUGAGCGUCCUUCAUACAGCACCAGGCCCAAACUGCCCCGACACCGACCACUGAACCGGACCAGGUCCGCCCCCCUCCCCCAGAGCACUCUGGCCCAGCUGGUCCUCCAGCAGCAGCACCAGAACUUCCUGGAAAAGCAGAAACGCUUUCAUCAGCAGGUCGUCAUCCACAAGAUUCUGUCCAAGUCGAUCGAGCAGUUACGCCAGCCCAGCUCCAACCUGCCGGAGUCUGAGGAGGAGGAAGAGGAGGAGGAAGAGUCCCACUGCGAGGCCAUGCAGCAGGAUUGCUCGCCCUCUGGUGGUGUUAUCCGGAAUUACAGCCCCACCAACCACUACGGACGCCUCUCUCCAGCUGACUCCUCCCCACACACUCACCCAGAAGUCAUCAAGGUCAAAGACGAGCCAAUUGACAUGGAAGAAGAUGAUAUAGCCAAUGGAAGCCGAGCACAAACACAGAGCUUGUACUUAGAGCAGGUGAAAACCAGGCAGGUCAUUAAAGCUAUGAUCUAAGAUAACAGACAGGAAUCAUAUGUCACACAGUA